AUGGAGGGUCCUCCCCGCCCCUCACCGUCACUCGCCCCACCUCAAACGGCAGUUGCUGCCUCGUUCGAUGCAUCUGGUGCAUCCGGUGACCGCACACCGCCCCGCCCGACGCGCCGCGCCAGCCACGAGAAGGAUGGUGACGUGAUGCACCACUCGGCGCCCGCCCGGCAGAGCUGCAGUGGAGGGGGCGGCCGGCGCGGCAAUGCCAAACCGCAGUGGCAUCUGCCCACCUGGCACACACACGACUGCCCCGACGACAAACGCAACCUCAUCUUCUUUGACUGGGUGAGAGAGCAAUGGAGAGAGGGAGGGAGAUCGUCGCACAGAGGCGUGUUUGCAAUGGCAUCCCUUUUUUCUCUGCCUUCGUUUCAGGACGACACUUUGUGCCACACGGCGGCGUUGCGGGGGAUGGUUGGGCGCGGCAGCGACGACCCUCAGCUGGUGAGGCGGCUUGACGAAGUGGCGAGUCGGCUGCUGCGCGUGGCGGUCUCUAAGGGCAAGGUCAUGAUAGUCACGUCGGCCAAUGUGGGCUGGGUGGAGACCAAAGCCAUCGAGCACUUCCCCCAGCUCACGAAGCUCAUCGACCAGCACCAGAUUGAGAUCCUCUCAGCCACUGAACGAUUCCCCGACCCCAAAUU